GCUGCGAGCUUAAAGCAGAUAAGGAGUAUCAGUUCAAAGUAGAUGAUGAAGAAAAUGAGCAUCAGUUGUCUCUGAGAACGGUUACUUUAGGGGCCGGAGCCAAAGACGAAUUACAUGUUGUAGAAGCAGAAGCAUUGGACUAUGAGGGCAACCCUAUUAAAGUAGUACUGGCAUCUCUGAAAAUGUCAGUGCAGCCUACGGUUUCAUUAGGUGGCUUUGAGAUCACACCACCGGUGGUCUUGAGGUUGAAAUGUGGUUCGGGCCCUGUUUACGUUAGUGGUCAACAUCUCGUAGCAUUAGAGGAAGAACCAGAAUCGGAUGAUGAGGAAGAUGAUACAAAAGUUGUGAACACUUCAGCAAAGAGACCAGCAAGUGGAGGAGGAGCUAAAACACCACAGAAAAAAGCAAAAUUAUCAGAAGAUGAUGAGGAUGAUGAUGAAGAUGAUGAGGAUGAUGAUGAUGAGGAUGACUUUGAGGAUGAUGAGGAAGAAAUGAAAACACCAAUGAAGAAACCUGUCCGUGAGGCUUCAGGAAAAAAUAUGCAGAAAGCAAAGCAAAAUGGAAAAGACUCUAAGCCGUCCACACCAGCAUCUAAAUCAAAAACUCCAGAUUCCAAGAAGGAUAAAUCUCUAACUCCAAAAACACCAAAAGUCCCUCUGUCGUUAGAGGAGAUUAAAGCAAAAAUGCAGGCAUCCAUAGAUAAGGGUUCUUCCCUUCCUAAGCUGGAACCCAAAUUUGCCAACUAUGUUAAGAAUUGCUUCAGGACGGAGGACCAGAAGGUCAUUCAAGCUCUCUGGCAGUGGAGGCAGACUCUGUAAGAAAAGAAAACAGUUUAAACAGUUCAUUAAAAUCUGCAGUCUUAUUUCUGUAACCAUUAUUUGGCU